AUGCGCGAGUCCGCAGGCCCCUCCGCCCCCCCGCCGAGCCCCGCCCCGCCCCCCGGAAAGCCCGAGCGGCAAGCGGCGUCCGGUCCCUGGGCGGCCAUGUCCCGGGCGACCCCCGGCGCGGGACCCCGGGCCCCGGCCCCCCCCGGCACGGCCCCCCCCGGCACGGCCCCCCCGCUCCCCGGCCCCGUCCGGACCAAGGGCCCGGAGCCGGACGAGGCCCGCUGCGACUCGGGCAUCGACUCUCUGCGUUCGCUGCGCUCCCUGCCCGGCGCCGCCGCCCCUCCGCCGCCCCCGGACCCCCCCGGGGACCGGCACCCCGCGGGGGACAAGGACGGCGACGGGGACGGGGACGGGGAGCGGACCGACUCGGCCUACGGGUCCGCCUCGCUGACCGCCGCCCUCCCCCCGGGGCUGAGCCCGCAGCAGGUGGAGGCGCUCACCUACGUGUCCGAGGACGGGGACACGCUGUUGCACUUGGCCGUGAUCCACGUGGCUCCCGCCGUCCUGCUCUGUUGCCUGGCACUGCUGCCCCAGGAAGCCUUGGACAUCCAGAAUGACCUCUUCCAGACGGCCCUGCACCUGGCGGUACACCUGGACCAGCCGGGCACGGUGCGGGCCCUGCUGCAGAAGGGGGCCAGCCGGCUGCUGCAGGACGGCCGCGGAGACACGGCCCUGCACGUGGCCUGCCAGCACCAGCGUCUGGACUGCGCCCGCUGCCUGCUGGAGGACACGCCGGAACCCGGCCGCGGGCCCCCGCGCCCCCAGGACCUGCAGCUCCAGAACUGGCAAGGCCUGGCCUGUCUGCAUAUCGCCACCCUCCAAAGAAACUGUCAGCUCGUGGGGCUGUUACUGAAGAACGGGGCCAACAUCGACACGCAGGAGGGCACGAGCGGGAAGACGGCGCUUCACCUGGCGGUUGAGUCGCAGGAGGCCGGGCUGGUGCGCUUCCUGCUGGGCCGCGGCGCCCGCGUGGACGCCCGCAUGUUCAACGGCUGCACCCCCCUCCACCUGGCCGUGGGCCGGCGCCAGCCCGGCAUCGCCUCCAGCCUGUGCCAGGCGGGCGCCGACACGCUGCUGCGCAACGUGGAAGACGAGACGCCCCAGGACCUGGCCGACGGGCACGGAGACCUCCUCCAGCUCCUUCCCUUUGACGACCUGAAGAUCUCCGGGAAGCCGCUUAUCUGCGCCGAUUGAAGCGGAUUGGGGGGCGAGCCUUUUAGCGGACCAGGACCUCCCCGUGCCAGGCCACCCGGCCCCGGGCCUCCCCUCUCUGGUCUUCCUCGCCCCGGGCCUCCUCAUUGCGGGCCUCCAUCGCCACGGACUCUGGGCCUCCCCUCUCUGGUCUUCCUCGCCCCGGGCCUCCUCAUUGUGGGCCUCCCUCGCCACGGACUCUGGGCCUCCCCACUCUGGUCUUCCUCGCCCCGGGCCUCCUCGUUGCGGGCCUCCCUCGCCACGGACUCUGGGCCUCCCUACUCUCGUCUUCUUCGCCCUGGGCCUCCCUCGCUCUGGGCCUCCUCAUUCAGAGACUCCGGGCCUCCCUCACUCUCUCUCCUGGCCUCUGCGCUGAUACUGCCACUUUGAGACUGGCCGGACACCAGGGAAGCACCGGAACUUGGGGCCGGACUCGGCCCUGUCAGAGUCCAGGCGGCGUCCGUCUGUCCGUCCGUCCCUCUGUGUACAUAUCCUCUUUCUGGCCUCAAUAACAGCAGAGCUGUCGUGGUUUCCACGUG